AUGGCUUCUUCACGCACCUCAAACUUUCGGGAGAUUCUAGCGCGAGCGCGGGCCCAUGUCAGCCGCAACGAUCCCGAACCCACGCAAUCUCGAAGAACACCCGACAGAUACACCGACUUCAACGAUGCCGACAACCUCGAGCGACAGAUGCGAGAAGACGGCCACCAAAAAUGGGGCUGGUUAAUCUACAGAACUACGUACGACAGCGACGAACAAUGGCAAGCCUUCCUCGAGCGAUUCGGGUACUACGUCCACGCGACGCUGGAGUUCCACAACGGCGUGGAUCUGGAGUCCAGCUUAGACAUACAGGUCCUGUCAGACCGUGAAGCUUUAGAAGGCGCCACGCCCGAUGACGUGCGCCAGUACUUCCAGCAGUGGGCUGAAGUGGCUUCGAUGGAGGAGCAGGGUCGGCCUGCAGGUCUCGCCCAACGGUACAGGUACUGCUUGCACGUGGACCAGGAAGCCCUGGAGUCCGUGCUGGGAGGUCCUGAACCGCCUGAAGAUGAGCUCGGCGGUGGCUAUGUCAAUAUUGUCCGGGCAGAGGGGAUAGAAGUGGAAGCGGACAAAGAGGGCGAUGAGCCGCAGCUCGAUCCGGCGUACAUGCGGAUAUCAUACUCAGACCUGCUGGUCACCUGGUACAACCUUUUUCGACCGGAAAACGCUUGGGAGACAGAGUAUCGUCAGCCACCGGAGAUUCGACGGCCGUAG